AUGCGAGAACAUGGUAUCUGGGAUGAAUUGAUGUCUAAAGCCACAACCACCUUGUCUGCGUCUGAAGCGCCUGCAUCAGAUGCACCCAUAUCAGGAACAUCUGCAAAUGAAGCGCCAUCGUCUGAAAUGCCCACUGAGAAAGAUCUCGAUCUCUUCCAUAAAUUAUGGCAUGAGGAUAAGUUCGAGCUAGAUAUUGAAUUCUCAGGAAAUAAGGUUCAAGGUGUUACCUGCUAUGUCAUCUUCGCCAUGCCCGAUGGUACAGGGGAGAUGCAGGUUGUUGAAGAUGGCAAAUCCAGGCGUAAUGCAAAGAAGAGUGCUUUCCUGCUUCUCAUCUCAAAUCUCAAACAGGCUAAUAUUUGGAAGUUGCUUGUUGGAGACAGUGAUGGCAAUCAAGCUAAUCUUACCAUGGAUAGUGACUUGGCUUAUAUGGUUCGCUCUGGGAAGAAUGACUUGCUUCAUGCCAGGUCUCUUUUCAAGGACUUCAAGAUUUUACAGCCAAACCAAGCCCGGCGACGAAAUCAGACUGAUGAUCAGGUAGAUCACAAGUAUCGGACGGAAAGAUCGGAGCAUCUUUCCAAAGCUCUAAGCGAUCUCCGCCAUUCUACAGACCCGACAGUCGUUGCUCUUCGGUCUGCGACGAGCCGCUUGCCAGUAAAUGAACACAGAGAGCAAGUCUUGAAUCUUAUCAAGAACAAUACGUACAGUCUUAUUGUGGGCGAGACUGGCUCUGGAAAAUCUACGCAGGUUCCCCAACUCAUUCUCAAUGAUGCCAUAGAGCAAAAUUGUGGAGGCGAGUGCAAUGUGCUUUGCAUCCAACCACGCCGAGUCGCAGCCCGAAUGCUGGCUCAGCGAGUCGCCAACGAGAGAAAAGAGAGGAUUGGACAGAGUGUUGGCUACAUGAUUCGAUUCGACCUUCAACGGCCAGCAAAGGGCGGCGCAAUCACCUACUGCACCACCGGCCUGGCUUUGAGCCUCUUGCAGAAAUCACCUGAGCUUCUCAAUUCCUUCUCACACAUCAUCCUGGAUGAAGUUCAUGUCCGAGAUAUUGAUAUCGACUUUGUGAUGCUCCUAGUCAAGGAUCACAUUACUAAGUGCCUGAAAUCUGACACCCCUGCACCUAAGAUUGUCGUAAUGAGCGCCACGGUGGACGUCAAUCUCUUUUCAUCUUACUUCAAGAACACAUGCGCAGAUGGAACACUUGAACCCGCUCCACAUAUCACCAUCCCCGGGCGUCAACAUCAUGUUAAAUCGACUUAUCUGGACGAACUGCUUGAAACUCUGUCUACCUCAUUCUCGGAACAGGAUCUUUCUAAGCUUCUAGGAGAGCCAAUGACAGCAAAAUAUCUGUUGCAGCACCAGGAGAAGUUUGGCGAAACCAAAAAGGACACUACUGGAACGCCCGCUUCUUUUAUCGAGAAGCCAAGCAAGGAAACCAUCUCUCCUCAAACCACUCCACGGCCAUUGCCAUUCGACGAAGAUCCGCUCAUGCCAUUUGGACUUAUCUGUGCCACCAUUCUAAACAUCGUAUCAACGACAGAAAAUGGCUCCGUGCUAGUUUUUCUACCAGGGCUUUCCCACAUACUUGGUGUGGAAUCCCACCUCCAAAACUUCGGACUUCCACUUGGUUUCAGUUUUGCCGACGAUGAUCAAUUCCGUAUCUUGAAGCUACACUCGAGCCUCCCAGAGGAAAUGGCCAAAUUAUCUGAUGAAAUACCCAGCGGGUGUCGGCGGGUUAUACUUGCAACCGAGGUUGCUGAGGCAUCCCUCACCAUUCCAGAUGUGAAAUAUGUGAUCGACUCCGGCAAGGUACAUCAGGUCAUAUAUGACUCUACAUCGGGUUCCCAUCGCACAGCUUGUUGCUGGGCUAGUCAAUCUAGCUCGGUUCAGCGAUCAGGACGGGCUGGCAGAGUCCAGGAAGGAUCCUAUUUCUUCUUGGGGACGAAGAAACGCUACGAUUCGCUGCGCAUUACCAAAUCUGCAGAGAUUCUUCGGAGCGACCUGCAAGCAACAUGUUUGCGCUCACGGAUGGCCGACUCGGACGCCCCCAUCACAGGUUUUCUACAAAGGGCGAUCGAGCCCCCUGAUAACGAUGAAGUGUCUGCAGCUGUCGAUUCUCUGAAGCAACUCCAGGCAUUGAACCAUAAGGAGAGGCUCACAAACCUCGGCUUUCUUAUGGCCAAAUUAACCGUCAUUUCCCCCGCCUUUGCCAGGCUAGUCAUUCUGGGUGUCAUUUUCCGCUGUUUGGACCCGCUGCUUAUUCUGGCAGCUUUGGGCGAAGAGCCACGGCUCUUUUACCAGCCUCUCAACCAUGAGUUGCGUAAGCGAGUGUGGCUUCACCAGGUCAGCUUUGCAGGCCAGUCUUGCAGUGACCAUGUCUCCCAUAUAAACGCCUUCAAGGCUGUUAGGAAGACAUGGCGCGAGGAAGGCAUGCGACAGGCCUGGAAUUACUGUUUUGAACAUGACAUCUACAUUCCCGCCUAUCGUGAAGCUUUUAUCACCGCUAGCCAGGUACUUCGGCAACUAAGGGAUGCUCGGGCCAUUUCAACCCGUCGGGUAGAAGAUGAUGGAGAUGAAGAAGACCUUCAAUUCGGCGGUGCAAAGCUCAAUACGAACUCCCAUCAUAUGCCUUUGGUAAAUGCACUAUUACAGUCUUGUCUGUACCCGCGCCUCGCCGCUCCGGGACUCGCGUUGAACAAGUAUUUCAUCACGCAGAACCAGAAUCGUGCUUUGCUAUUCUCGAGGAGCAUGGCCAUGGAUGGCAAGAGGCCACCUCGGUCUCUUCUUGCCUACAGCCGAAAGGUCGACUUCGCAAGUACUCUGUUUCUCAAAGACGCUUCUCGGAUUUCUCCUCUCGCUGCAAGUCUCUUCGGUAAGAAUUUGGCAUCGAAAUCAUCGGGUGUGGUUGUAGAUUCUUGGCUUGGUAUUGGUGUCAGCAUGAGCGAUGACUCGAUGGCUGAGGCGGAGGUCUUGGACGACCUAGUUGGAUUGAACUGGGCUCUAGACAAGGUAAACGCCAUCUAA